GGACAGUUUAUUUCGGAACGCGCAAGGAAUCGCUCGUGUUCGUGCCGGAUAGUGAAGCAACAUUUUGCACCAUCAACAAAGCGUGGCCGCCGCAGUAAGCGUGAAUUUAUUGUUUCGCUUUUGCGUGCAGCAGUGAACGAUUGUGCUGCGGUGGUGGUGGUGGUUUUGGACUCUGUGUUAAUCCAGUGUUAAUCAUCAACCGAGUACACCAUUUGCUGCGCCUGAAUGUAGGCAGUGCACCCACAAUUAAGCUACCGAAAAACAAAAUACAGACACACGCAAUGCGCUCCAUACGAAGGAGAUCCCCGUGUCGACUGCUAACCAGCGCCUUCGUCCUGCUGCCCCUGUUACUGCUGCUGCUCGACGGUACCCAGCUAGCCCGGGCCCUCCGCUGCGACCGCUCGCCCGAAGGUUCCGGGGCCAACAAAUCGCCCGCCGAUGGACGCUUUCGGCUGCGCAUUUCGGGCAACCCGGAGAAGUACGUGCCCGGCGAGUCGUACACCAUAAGUCUCGUCGGCAUCCGGUCGAUGCAGGUACCGCACAAGUUUUCCGGCUUCUUCCUCGCGGCCGAGAAGGACUUUUCGCUGGUGCGCGGUGACGCAGCGCCGUCGGGCGUGCACAACGUUGGCACCUUCCAGCUGUCGGGCGAUGCGCUGACCAAGUUCAGCGAGCGCUGCCCGAACGCGGUCACCCAGACGAACUCGCUGCCGAAGAGCGAAAUCCAGGUGAACUGGGUGGCGCCGCCGGCCGGCAGCGGUUGCAUCGCGAUUCGCGCGACGGUCGUAGAGCACCGGGACGUCUGGUACAUGGACGAUGGGCCGCUGAGCAAGAUUUUCUGCGAGGACGAGGCCGACUCGGUCGACACGCAGCCGCCGGUGCUGAAGGAAUGUUGCGCCUGCGACGAGGCCAAGUACGAGCUGACGUUCGAGGGGCUCUGGUCGAGACACACGCAUCCGAAGGACUUCCCGUCGAACGGGUGGCUGACGCGGUUCAGCGACGUUAUCGGCGCAUCGCACACGGUCGACUAUCGGUUCUGGGAGUAUGGGCAGGUGGCGAGCGAAGGGUUGAAGCAGGUGGCGGAGCACGGUUCCACCCGGAUGCUGGAGAGUGAGCUUAAAAAUCAGAGCGAUAAGAUCCGCACCAUUAUCAAAGCGCGCGGUAUCUCCUACCCCAACGUGACCGGGAAAACGUUUGCCGUGUUCCGUGUCGACUCGAAUCACCAUCUGGUGUCGAUUGUAUCGAUGCUGGACCCCUCCCCCGACUGGAUCGUCGGUGUGUCCGGGCUCGAGCUGUGUCUUACCAACUGCUCCUGGAUCGAGAACAAAAUCCUCAAUCUGUACCCGUGGGACGCCGGCACCGACAGUGGCCCGACGUACAUCUCGCCCGACCAGCCGACCAAUCCACCGGAAGUGAUCCGACGCAUCAAGUCCAACUACCCGAACGAUCCGCGCUCGCCGUUCUACGAUCCAUCCGGGACGGAGAUGAAACCGCUCGCCCGUAUCUAUCUGUCCCGCCAGCGGCUGUACGAGAAGAACUGUGACGCGGAUAAUGAAGAGGAGAACGAAACGAAGCAGGCCUGUGAAACGGAAUCGUGGUCCGAUUGGACGGAUUGCAGUUCGCGCUGCGGAAAGGGCAAGCAGACGCGUCGCCGCAUCUACAAGCAUCCGAUGAAGGCGAAGCAGGCAGAGUGCAAGAAGAAACUGUUCGACAGGCGUCCGUGCGUCGGUACGGAUCGCGAUUGCGACUACAACAGUCAGGAGAUUGAGGAAGCGUACCAGAGCGACCCGGAGUGUGAGGUGACCGAGUGGGGCCCGUGGAGUGAGUGCAGCUCGCCGUGCGGCAAGGGCAACAAGACACGCUCCCGGAAGUACAAGAAGAAGGGCGCUCGGAAGAAGUGUGAACGGCUACCGAACCCGCCAAUGCUGCAGCAGACCGUGCCGUGCGAUGAGGACUGUGGAGGUGACAUUUCGCAACCUGUCCUGAGCUCGGAUAUCAAUCCCAAGUGCAAAAUGACGCAGUGGUCCGAGUGGAGUCCGUGCAGUGUGACGUGUGGGUUGGGCCGUAAAAUGCGUACCCGCAUGCCCAUCAACAAGAGCAUGCGGACGCACCACAAGCGGUUCGUGAACUACUACAUGACGCGCCGGCGGAUGACGGCAUUGGAUGAGGACGAGGACAGCGAGGAGGAGGAUAUGGGUGAUGACAACGAUCUGCACAUUACCGACCAGAACGAUCCGUGCUACGGGGUGGAGACGGUGGAGGAAGUUACUUGCGGCCAUGAUUUGCCCCCGUGCGAUGGACUCUAUGGAGUGCCAGAACUCUGUUUCCUGGAACCGAAACCGGGCAAUUGUCGUGACUCCCAGACACGCUGGUACUUCGAUAGCGAUAAGAACGACUGCUCGAUCCUUUUCUUCACUGGAUGCGGUGGCAACAACAACAACUUUAUGUCCCGCGAGGACUGUUUGGAUACGUGCAGUAAAGAUCGUAAAUUUACCAACAUUCCGAUACGGGACCAGAUCAGCACGAACAGUGCGGGCGGUGGUUCCGACUACGGCUCGGACCUGAAGCAGGACUGCAAGACGUCACACUGGAAGCGGGGCCCGUGCAACGCGACCUGCGGCGAAGGCUUCCGCGUGAAGAGUCGCACAAUUCUGGUGCAUCCGUCGAACGGUGGCCAGCGAUGUCCGCGGAAGCUGCGCAAGGUCGAGCGGUGCUUCGUGCACUGCGACUCAUCCCGCCACGACACGAAUCCCUCGUGGGGCCCCAGCACCCGCUACGAGCCGGAACCGAUUGAGUGCGAGUACUCGGCCUGGUCCGCGUGGUCACCGUGCAGCAAGACCUGCGGCGACUAUGCCGUGCAGCAGCGCACCCGCUACGUGCUCAAUCCCGAGAACGCUCGGUUCUGUCCGCACCGGCUCGAGGAGCGGAAAUGUGAUAUCAUGCCUUGCCUGUUGGGCAAAUAGAGCCGGGCCGGUUUGUGACCCAGGUGCCAAUGGUGGCGCGGUCGUCCGACGACGAUGAUGCAAAACUCGUGCAGGACAGUCGUGGCCCGUUAGAUUUAUUUCCGCUCACUCGCGCUACGUAUAUAGGUGUGUAGUGUGUGUAUGUGUACACCGCACGGCCGUGGGUUGAGUUAGAGAGUGUUAGAAGCAGCACCAAAAAAAGAUGGAAGUGAUGACUCCAACGCGACAGGAAGCAGAAAUGUGGUCGCUCUGUUGCAUCGUUUUUUGUGCACUCUUUUUCCCGAUACAUCUCAUCGAUUGCAUCGAUAUUUUAUGUAUCUAUAUAGUUUUUUGUUUUGUUUUAUUAUUCCUCACCCCCCUUUGAGUUGUCGGACAUCCCAAUCCGACAUUGAUGAAUGAAGCGCAGCUGCGCCGUCGUGGAACGUGACGGGAAAGCAGAAGCUAGUGGCGCUCGAAACCCUUCCGGCUGAAACCAAACAUAAAUCUAACCACGGUGUGUUUUGUUAUCAGUAUGAGGUUCUUUUUUGUAACGAAAGUGGUAUUAGUUUAUGGAGUUGAAGGAUUAAAAGCAGAACGAACACACAAUCUAGACAUUAAACACAACAACAACCACACACGAGAUGGGCAAAACGAGAUAUAAAGGGAGAGAGAGAGAGUUAGGUCCAAUAUUAGUACACAACUGAACGCACUAACAUGAACACAAACACAUUUACACUCACACACACACACGGACGCAGGUGAAACAGCAGUGUACUAUCAGUAGACCGAGCACAUUGGUAAGCUCACCGGCAGAUCCUGGGCCGAUGAUUGCACCGAGCUUUGCAUUUUACAGCGCGUUCAGAGCGUGUGCCCGCCGUUAGUGCGACGCAGUGCGAAAGCGAUUUGUAUGUACGUUUGAUGAUAUUAUGAUUGAGUGGAAAACAAGCGAGCGAAAGAGGGUUGCACAAUCUGAAUGACAAAUAAUUAAAUGCAAACAUCAUGUAUCCUUCUAAUAAUGCGAUCAAAUAAAUUGGAGUACAGUAGCGGUAGCGUUAGUA